AUCGAAAGCAAAAAUAUGUUGAAUGUUAGAUAUAGCAGUAAGAUAUAGUUCGUAUAUGGGAAUAAGCAUUUAUACGCAACUGUGGCUUGUUUAAUAAGUUAGCUCAGCUCCACAUUAAAAAUGUCAACAACUAAAAUUUGUCAACUAUGUGGAACAUUCGAAAAUCUUUCUUUGUGUGGGGGGUGUAGGAAUGCAUGGUAUUGUAGUCAAGAUCAUCAGAAAUCUGACUGGAAGGUUCAUAAAAAAUCGUGUAAAAGUAAACAACGUUCUCAAAGAUCUGACUUGAAUUCGUCAGCAUCUAUUUCUUCAUCUUCAAUUCUAUCGUCGUCGUCUGAACCAGAGUCUUUCAAUCAACAGAAAAAAAACAAAGAAGUUUGCAAAAAAACUAACAAGAGAAAACCUAAAUCAAAAACAAAUCACUUGGAUCCUUGUGGUGCAACCGAGGAAUGUAUUUCAUCGAAAGUAAAAUCAACAACAAAUUUAAGUAGCGUAGAAAAGACCGAAGUAUCUACCGGUGUUGCAAUUCAAAAUAAUUCGAAAUCGUCUGCGAAUAACAAGAAUGUUUCAAUGCAAGAAAAUACAAGCAGGGAAGUACAAUCAUUAAAACCCAAUUCUACCAGUGCCAAAACUGAUCAGACUAUUGUCCACACUCAAUCUGAACAGACACAUCAUAAAAUGACGUUAAAUACAGAACUCGUGAACUAUGUUAUUGACUCUAUGAAGAAAUAUGGUAUUUGUCUAGUCGAUAAUUUCGUUGGGGGUAAAGAAGCAGAACUUAUUUUAAAUGAAGCUAAAGCUCUUUACGAUUCCGGUAAUUUCACACAAGGUUUAUUAGUAAAUAACAAAGUCAUUUCAAAUGAAGAAACGAAAGUACGCGGUGAUAUGAUCAUGUGGGUUGACGGUAGUGAAAGUGGUUGUAAAAAUAUUAAAGGCCUUCUCGACCGCACAGAUUCUCUCAUUCUCACAUGUAAAGGACAAUUAGAUCGAUAUACAAUCAAGGGAAGAACAAAAGCUAUGAUUGCUUGCUACCCUGGAAAUGAUGCUGGUUACAUUCGCCAUGUAGACAAUCCAAAUAAAGAUGGAAGAUGUAUAACUUGCAUUUACUAUCUAAAUAAAGACUGGGAUGUUGAGAGAGAUGGUGGACUUCUGCGAAUUUUCCCUGAAGGUCAAGAGAAUGUUGCUAAUGUCAUACCAAAAUUUGAUCGCCUUCUAUUUUUCUGGUCAGAUCGCCGAAACCCACAUGAAGUACUACCUACAAAGAGAAGCCGCUAUGCAAUUACAGUAUGGUACUAUGAUGCAGAAGAAAAAGCAGCUGCUGACAAACUAAAUACCCUCAGAAAAAAGUAAUUAAAAUUCAUUAAAAUAACAGAUCUAUCAGGCUUUCAAAGAGGUCAAAUUGUUGGUGCUCAUAUAGGAAGUUCUAAUGUAACGAAAACUGUUGAAAUGUUUGGUGUCAAGAAGUACUGUUUUGAAAGUAAUGACAGCUUUUGAGAAAGAGAGGAAAACCUCCUCGUCGAAACAAAGCUCCGGGAGAAAACCAAAAUUUUCAGAUAGGCCGUUGGACUCUUAUGUGAAUUGUUAGAAAGGAUCACAAAAGUGCAGCUCCCAAAAUUACUGCAGAGCUUAAUGACCACCUCAAGAAACCACUUUCCACAAAAACUGUUUGCCAGGAGCUGCACAAAGCUAGAUUUCACAUAAGGGCUGCAAUCCAAAAACCACUACUUUCAAAAACAAACGUUGCAAAGCAUUUAGAGUGGAGUAAAAGCCUACAGAAUCGGUCCCUUGAGCAGUGGAAGAAUGUUAUUUUCUUGGACAAAUCAUCCUUUACCUUAUUUCCAACCACUGGCCGAGUAUACGUAUGGAGACAGCCAAAAGAAGCAUUUGACUAAGACAGCCUUCUUCCAACUGUUAAACAUAGAGAAGGAUCUGUGAUGAUCGGAGUGGGGGGCUAUGUCUUGGAAAUUAAUAGGCAGAAUUAAUAGUCAAGACUAUUUAAACAUUUUUUCUGAUCAAAUUCAUCCUAUGGUUGCGAACUGUUUCUGGAGGGAAACGCAAUCUUUCAGGAUGAUAAUGCACCAAUGCACAUGGCUAAA